GAAAACCUAGGUAGGGAUAACCGAAAACGCAAGGCAACUGAUUACGAAUAUGUAAAGAUAGACGAUAUAAAUUUGCCGAGAGAUUCAAUGGUAGAUGAUUAUAUUGAUCCAAAAAUAAAAUAUGAAGAUGGUGUUAAUGAUAUUAUUUUUCAACAUGAUGGAGAUUCAAAACAUAGAGCAAUUGAUACUAAAAAUUGGCUUUAUAAUAGAAAUCUCAAAUUUCUUAAUUGGCCUCCAUAUUCUCCAGAUUUAAAUAUAAUAGGAAAUCUUUGGGGUAUAGUAAAGCAAUGUUUAGAAAAACUACAUAUUCAGUUAUGGGAGCAAAUAAAAAGAAUAUGGGAUCUUAUUGAUAAUAAUAUCAUUAACAACUUAUUCGAAUCUAUGCCAUGA